AUGGGCCGUGGCAAAUUAAUAUUAAUAGAAGGCUUAGAUAGAACUGGUAAAACUACACAAUGCAAUAUAUUGUACAAAAGAUUGCAACCAAACUGUAAAUUAUUAAAGUUUCCGGAAAGAUCUACACGAAUUGGAAGCCUCAUAAACCAAUAUCUGACCGAUGAUAGUUUCCAGCUUUCAGAUCAGGCCAUCCACCUUCUGUUCUCGGCAAAUAGGUGGGAAAUGGUCGAUACCAUGAAGAAAGCUUUACUGGAAGGCGAAAACAUCAUAAUGGACAGAUAUGUUUAUUCAGGAGUAGCAUAUUCGGCCGCCAAGGAGACAAAUGGAAUGGACUUAGAUUGGUGCUUGCAACCAGAUAUAGGGCUACUAAAGCCAGAUCUGACAUUAUUUUUGAGCACUCAAGAUGUCAAUAGUAAUGCCGAAAAGGAUGGUUUUGGCAACGAAAGAUAUGAAACAUUAAAUUUCCAAAAAAAGGUGAAACAAACUUUUAUAACGCUAUUAGAGAACGAGAUGAGAAAAGGGGAUGAGUCGAUUAGGAUUGUUGAUGUAACUAAUAAGGGAAUUCAUGAAGUUGAAGCGCUUAUUUGGCAAAUCGUCCAGCCUGUUUUGACCACGCAUAUCGAUCAGAACAAUUUUUUCUUUUUUUCAGGGUGA